AUGAGUAAGAACGAUGAUCGCCGAUCGCAAUCUCCGGCUACACGCCGCAAUGGCGCUCUGCAGUCCUGUGAGCCCUGUCGGCGGUCCAAACAGCGAUGCGACCACGAGCGGCCUGUCUGCCGCAGAUGCACUUUCAAGCGAAUCAACGACCAAUGUUUCUAUCACCCGGCUCCGAUGACCAGAAGAAGGCUCUCGGAUCAUGCCGUUCCAUCGCGGGUAUCGUCAAGCCGGCUCACCAGCCAGCCUGCCUCCAAUGCUUCAAGUCCUGGAUCAAUAGGUGGCGGGCGUCUGUACACGCCACUAGAGCCACCUACUGCUCUCCCGGGGUAUUUGGGCUCGACAAGCUUCACAGCUGUUCUAGCUGAACAUCGAAAUGAGAUCCCCCUGGAGCCGGAAGAAAGCACAUACGCGUUUCCCGCUGUCUCGGUGGAUCCGGACCGGGUCCAAUCCGGGGCAGAAGUGCUGCUGCUUUUAUACAAUCUCAAUGUCCGUCGGCAGCUGAUUGAUAGAUACUAUCGCAGCAGCUGGAGUGCAGUGGUGCCUAAAAUGAUUAUGGAUGCGAUCUUGGGAUCGAUUGCGGAGAUUUUCGAUGGCUUCAACCCGAAUGACCCAAAGCCCCAGCUGCAAGACUUGGCCACGCGGAUCUUCCAGAAUUCUUCAAGGGCAUUGAAGACACAUCAGUCUAUGACGGUGCAGGAAUACUGCGAUUCUUUUAUUGGCCAAAAUUUUCGCUGGGAGGCUUUGGGCAAUAUACUAACCACGUGUGGACAGCAACUGGCGAUCACGCCGGACAACGAUCCAGAAUUCUCGCAGGAAACUGACGAUCCGGGUGCAAAAGACCGGCUUCUUGAGCAAGUGACCGUGGCAAGUAGUGUUUGCCUGAGCUUCUGCGACCAGGCUUCUUCGGCCAACGAACUGUUGGCUUUCUUGCAGUAUACCGAUGUCAUGCUACGGACGCAGCAAUAUGGUGACUCUAGCUACCAAGCGUGGCGCCGAUUGGGUGACUUGGUUGCCACGAUCUAUGCCUCGGGACUGCAUCUAGACGGCGAAGGACCUGACAACUGCCCCUUCUUCCUGCGUCAAUGGCGAAGAGGCUGCUUCAUAUCGGCAUUUUAUAUGGACAAAAUGAUGGCGACAUUUGUGGGUCGGCCCCCAUUAAUGAACUAUCGGUUCUGUACGCUAGCGGCUCCUCUGGACCUUAGCGAUGCAGUCCUCGUGGAGGGAGGAGAGGCUCUGACCAGAGCUAUCUCCGAACUUGAUAGCGCCGGUUGGAAUACCUCUGGCGCUCGUUAUAGAAUGACCUCUGGGAGGUUACGAUUCCAGCUCUCAGUAUACAGAGAGCAGACACUGGAGCUCGCAUUGGGCACACUUGAGCCACAUGACUUGAUUCGGAAAUCCAAUGACAUAGAGGCAAGAGUGCGCGACGUGUGGAGAGCAGCGCCAGAUCACCUCCGAUACGAUCGUCGAAAGAAUGAUGAUUUCCACGACGGCUGGCUGACGAUUGUCUAUCUUUAUCUCAACUAUCUUUAUACCUGCUUCCUGCUCCAGCGUGCCUUGAUCAAGCAUGCGGGUGUCAAUCAAGAUGCGCUCUGUGAUGUGUCUCGCAGAAUCUUAGCUAUUGUGAUUAGCAUUACCUCCGUGCGAAAUCCUAUGGUCGAUCUUGACAGACACUACUCGUGGAUUGCCCUCACAUAUGGCCUUCCCAGUGCCAGUGUUCUUCUGCUCGAGCUUUUGCAUCAAUCUCACCAACCUGGUCCCCAUUCUGUCGUUCUUCCACGGGCAGAGCUGAUUCGCAAUCUAAGCGUUUUCAUCUCGCUCCUCUCCUGGGUAUCACGUCCCGGCCACGGUAACUACCGGACAUGCAAAGAAGCCGAGAAAAAUCUGUCUCGCAUUCUUGAUCGCCUGCUCGACCCGCAGCCGGUGCUGGCAGACACGGUGAACGAUGUGACAUCCGACCUGUCCAGCUUCUUAAAUUGGUCGAAUUACAAUUCCUGGGAUUUUAAUUCGGAGUAUUUCCCUGCAGAGGGAGGAUUUGCGCCCUAG